AUGACGACAGUACGAGAAUGUGUUCUACUUGCCUUUGCCUUUUGCCGCAUUGGGUUAUAUACGUGCUACAGGAGAAUUUUCUAUGGACCUCCCCCUCCCCCAAGGCCGGGCUUUUCAGCAAUUUGCAUUGGAAUAACUGGAGCUGGAAAGUCCAAAGUUCUUGCUGUUUUAUGCAGUGAAAAGGAUGAAAUCAUACCUACCCAAGGGUUUUCAAUUAAGGAUGUUCCUUUUGAAAAUGCCAUACUUCAUGUAAAAGAAAUUGGAGGUAGUGAAAUGCUUCGAAAAUACUGGAAAAAAUACUACCGUGGGGUACAAGGAAUUAUAUUUGUUGUAGAUAGUUCUUGCGAUGAAGACACACUAAAAAUAGCGUCGGAAGAAUUUUGUAAAGCAAUUAUGGAUCCUGAUUUGGCUGGGUUGCCGUUACUCGUUCUUCUUAAUUCGAUAGACCAAUCGAAAGCCCGUAGCAUUGAAGAAAUAACUGAUGCUUUUAACAUUAAUGAAUUGUGCUCUGAGAGAAAGUGGUCCAUUCGGAAUUGUUAUGCCUGUGAUGCUGAUUCGGCAAGUUUUUUAGCUUUAAUUCUUGCUAGUUAA